UAAACAGAGAAACAUGGCAGAAGAAGCUCCAGCAGCUGCACCGGCGAAAGCCCCGGCAAAAGCCCCGAGGAAGAAGUCCGCUCCUAAGGCCAAGAAGGAUGGACCCAGCCUGUCCAAGCAGAUCGUGGACGCCGUGGCCGAGUCCAAGGAGCGCAAAGGAGUGUCUCUGUCGGCGGUGAAGAAGGUCCUGGCUGCUAAAGGGGUGGAUGUAGCUAAAGCCAACAAGCGGAUCAACACGGCCGUCACUAAGUUGGUGACCAACGGCACCCUGGCUCACACCAAGGGGACCGGGGCCUCCGGUUCUUUCAAGCUCGCCAAGGAGUCCAAAUCCGCUAAACCAGCCAAGAAGGUGGUGAAGAAGAAGGCUCCCGCAAAAGCCAAGAAGCCCGCCGCCAAGAAGGUCAGCACCCCGAAAAAAGCCACCGCUGCUAAGAAAGCGACAGCAGCCAAGAAGUCUCCGAAGAAGGCAGCAGCGGCCAAGAAAAGCGUGAAAAAGGUGGUGAAGAAGAGCCCCAAAAAGGCCGCCCCUGCUGCCAAGAAGCCAAAGGCUGCUAAGAAGCCUGCAGCUAAGAAACCUGCAGCCAAGAAACCUGCUGCAGCUAAAAAGGCCCCAGCUAAGAAGGCCAAGAAGUAGACUGCUGCUUCAACCAGCACUCAGUGCAACAAAGGCUCUUUUCAGAGCCACCACAGCUUCAUCUCAAGAGCUCAUUCCUUAUAAGCAGAAAAUUAAUUACUUAAUUAGAUAAUAUUCUCAAACUUAAAGGCAGUGAUUAGGGUGGCUGAUCAAUGGAAUUAUUAAAAUCAGUUAAUUUCACUCAUAACUGAUCCCCAUGGGAUAGCCUCAUCCAUGAUUCACAGAUUCACCGUAAAAUAACGAGAUCAUCUCUAAAUAUGAGCAAAAAUGUGACCACAUUAUUAACACUAAUACCUAUUUGGAAAUGAAUGUUUCUAAUAAUGGAAGCAUGGAUAUUUAAUUAGAUGUGUGUUUAGCACAUCUAGUGAUUUC